AUGAAAUUUUUAGUGGUGCUUCAGUGUGUUGUGGCAGUGGCCCUUGCCCGGCCGCAAGGAUACUCCUAUGGACUACCCAAGUUUUCCGGUGAUGCUAGUUUAGUCGGAACCGGAUCAGGCGGCAAUUUCGCCGCUCUCGGUGGCACAGGAAGUGCCACUUCAUUCUCGACGGGUCCGCAAUUCGGUCAGUACCAGAGAGACUACCACAGGGACUACACUAAUUACGCCCCUGAAGUGCAGAAGCACAUUUACGUGCACGUCCCACCGCCAGAGCAUGAAGUUCUGCCAGCACCACGAGUGGUCACUUACGAUCGCCCACAGAAGCACUACAAGAUCAUCUUCAUCAAGGCUCCGUCUCCACCCGCGUACCAGCCGCCAGUGCUGCCACAGCCUCUCCAGGAUGAGGAGAAGACAGUCGUGUACGUGCUGGUGAAGAAGCCGGAAGAACAGCCCGACAUCGUGGUGCCAACGCCGCCACCAACAGUGCCAUCCAAGCCCGAAGUGUAUUUCAUCAAGUACAACACCCACAAGACCGGAUCUGAUGUACGAUCCCAGAGCAUUGCCGCUCCAUCUGCACCCAGCCUAAACACCCACGCCAGUGGCUCUGGCUCAGCUUCCUCAUUCGGUGGCCUGCAACAAUCCAGCGGAGGAAGCCAGCAGGCUACCUCCAAUCUCGGAGGAGCCACCACAGGAGCAGCUCAAGUCGUGCGACCCCACACCCAAUACGGAGUGCCAUUCUAACGCUCUUUAAUUAGUUAAUAUAAGGA